AUGCUUCAUAAUCUUUCUUUAUCAUCGAAUGCAUCAAUGAUUCGUUACGCGUUAGCAUAUAAGAACUUCAAUCCUAACGAAACAUAUCCAGAAGAAGAAAAUGUGGAAUCAAGUUUUGAAUUAACAAAAAAGUAUUGGAAAUAUAAAAUUGAUUCAUAUAAGAAACAAGAUGAAAAAGCAGAAAGGGAUACUAAAAACAAUGUUUCAAUGGAUGACUAUCAAUACUAUCACGAUUUAAUCCUUUCAUCUAAAUGCAAAAUGUGUGGUAAAGCGUUUACAUAUGCUAAUAAACCAACAUUAGAUAGAAUCGAUAAUGAAAAACCACAUACCAAAGAAAAUUGUCAGUUAAUGUGUUGUUAUUGCAAUGUCGUAAAAUCAAAUAAAGAUGAAGAUGUUCAACGUUUAAGAAUCAAUUUAAGAAAUUAUACAUUAAAAAAUAAUUUACCAAUGACUCUAGAUUCAGUUGAAGCUUAUCACAUCCUCCGUAAUGGAAUUACUGGUGGUUUAUCAAAUGUUCAACAUAGAGUAAAUCUUAAAGGAAUCACGCACAUUAAUAAACUUUCAUAUAAUCCAGAAACUAAAACUGUAUCAAAUGAGGACACUUCCAACAUUAUGACUCAUUUCGUUGGUGUUGACUUUAAUUCAUUAUAUCCUUCAUCAUUUUCAUCUAAUCCUCAUGAUUUCAUUCAAUAUACUGACCAUAAAAUGUAUAUGCCGGGAAGAUUGAAUGGUGUUAUCAUUUGUGAUACAGCAACAAAGAAAGCAAAAGCACUGGGAAUAAUUAAGAAGAAAAAUACUUUAUUCGUGGCUGAAGUAAAGGGUCACAUUGAUGAAAAAUACAUUAAUGAUUACAUAAACUUUUUACCAAUAAUAAGAAACUUUGAUAUUAUCACAGAUGAAAAAACAAUUGGUGGUUUUAUGUAUAAUUACAUGAAAUCAAACAAUCUACCAGUUGACCAGAAACAGAGGAAAUUAACUCA